AUGUCUACAUCGGAGGGUAACAACGCCCUAGGAUAUCGUCCUGCUAAUUACAUUCCUAAUAAAUGGGACUAUUGUGCAUACGUUACUCAACGCGAUGCUCUCCUCAAGUCUCCUCGGGGAUGCUCUGCACUCAUGACUGGAGGACUAGUUGGCCGCAUGGCUCGUGCCCUCAUUCCCCCCGAUUUCUUCUCAGCAUUACUAUCUAGCGAGGAUAUCAACCCCGCCUUAUUUAGCCCUCUGACUUCGGCAGAGUUAGACUUGAUAUGCGGUGUAUACUGCCAGGAAACUGGCCAAGUUUCAUCAAAAGGGGAGAAACAGGUGACGCGAAAAUCCUGGUGGCCUCCCCAUCACCUAUGGGUUAAGCAACAGUUUGGCCUUGCUCAGUGGACGAACGAUGCCGAAGCUUGGUACCAACGCCGUCAUGAAAAACUCAGUUCGGGCAACUUCAAAGCUGCAGACCUUAUGAACGGUCCCUCUUGGAGGAGUGCCUUACGUCACACUCCGGUGGCAAAGAAGCUUAUAUCUCAAAUGGAAGGGCUGGCGGCAGCGUACAUACGAAGUAGGAUGGUUUUGUAG